AUGAAGUUUGGUCGCAAUCUCCCCCGAAAUGUCGUUCCCGAAUGGAGCUCUUCCUAUAUCAACUACAAGGCGCUGAAGAAGCUCAUCAAAGCUGCUUCCGAAGAUGCAAAGGCAAAUAAAACUGCAGAUCUUGUGGGCUUCUUCUACUCCCUUGACCGGAAUCUUGAAGAUGUAGACCAUUUCUAUAACAAGAAGUUAGCAGACUUCACGCGCCGACUGAAGUUGUUGGAGGACCGAUUUGGACAUUCCAUGGCCGCCGGACGACAGCUCGAUGCCGAAGAUGCCGGUGACCUUAUGACCGCCUUACUUGAGCUUCGCGGGCAGCUCCGCAAGCUACAGUGGUAUGGCGAAGUUAACCGCCGCGGCUUCAUCAAAAUCACCAAGAAACUGGACAAAAGGGUUCCGGGCGCUGAAGCGCAAAAGAGAUAUCUUGCUAUGAAAGUGGAUCCGGCGCCUUUUGCCACCAACUCACAGCUCACACAAGCUACAACCACCAUUAAUGAAUGGCUCUCUGUGCUCGGGGACCGCGCAGUUCCCGAUGACGCUAGCUCUGUCACAUCCGUCUUGUCGCUGAAACGAGUCACGUCUAGGCCUGUUUUAAAUCUACCACCAAGCUUGCUGAUUGCCGUCGACGAGGCGCUCCGGAAGGACGAUACUCAUGUGUUACUAGAGCUGCUUGAGACCCUGAAAAUUGCCGCCGACGAACAGGGAGAAUCCGUUUUCUCUUUGGUACUAAAGAAUCUUCUACAGCGUGCCAUCACUUGCCGAUCCAAGUCCUCAAUUGAUGCUUUGCUAGGGAAGAUCGAUUCUCUUGAGGACGAAGACGAUAUCAACAAAAGGAAUUGCAUUCAUCGACUCGUCAUUUCAAUUGGCAGGAACCAGUCCACUUCUGAUUCGGAGCAGUCGGCUACUGGUGUUUUGGAGUUUCCCGUAGAGACAAACUACAUCACACCAGCUGCAGCUCCAAGCCUGCAGCCUCCACGAAAUGUCGUGAAGGAGGCAAAUCAGCCCCAGCUACUGACAAAGGACAACGAGGCCGUCAACACCUUGCAGUACCUGCUGGAGCAGCUGCGCCCCCAUCAACGUCGUGACCUCUUAGCUAAAGAUUUAUCUGGUCGAACGCCUCUCCAUUAUGGUGCCCAGUAUGGGUUCAGGGUAGUGUGUGAGAUAAUUAUCGAACAUCUCCAGAAAUGGGACUUGUUCGAUGUUUCUGACGGUAUCGAUGGGCCACAAUGGUUUGAUUAUGAAGGAUGCGCUCCGUUGCAUCUUAGCGUGGUUGGUGGACAUCCUUUGACGACCAAGGCUCUCCUUCAAUCCGAGAACUGGUCAGAAGGUCUCUCGGAAGAGAAGGCUACUAUCAGAAAGCACCAUGCAAAGUCUAGCGCCGUUUUGGCCAUGGCAGUGAAGGCUAAUUUUGUCGACAUCGUCGAAUUGUUGGUUGAAGCCGGUGUCGAUAUCAAUUUUCAGGAUGAACAAGGCGAGUCUGCUUUACAUGUUGCCGCUCGUUUCGAUCAUCAUGAGUGUGCCCGUAUCCUACUUGAGGGGUCGGUUCACCAAAAGGCUGACACAGAGUUGUCUGAACUGACAUACUCUUGGACGCCUUUGUUCAUUGCUUGUGUGGACGGCUCUUUCGCGGUCGUCGAAUUGCUCAUCAAGGCGGGUGCCGAUCUUGAAAAGCCAGACUCUUCGGGAUGGACAGCCAAAGAGCACGCGGCACUUCGUGGCCACCUAAAUAUUGCUAGACUACUCGCAGAAGUGACACCGCCUCCGGAGCUCUCAGAGGCUGAGGUUUCCAUACCUGUACCAUCCAGCUCAUCGUCACCUCCUUCUUCAUCGUUAGCGGAGCGCAAAUCGAACAACUCAAAUUCUGGCACUGGGAGUCCUGGGUUACGGGCUGUUGAAUCUCUUAAGACUUUUGGACAUAGGUAUCUCACCGACGAGAGUAUGAUUCUUGUCAGUUUAGGCACAAUGGACACUAGGAAAACCAAGCCUGCCGUGAAUUUGGACCAGAUACCAAUUGCCAGUGCCCAUUCCACGCAACUCGAUACCGCACUUUCUAUUGUUGUGUCUGCCAGUGGUGCCCACGGGGAGCCGGAAAUCAUUGACCUUCCAAUCCAAGAUAGUGUUUCCACUGAACCCAUCACGUUCUACUCCAAAGAUACCGCAAACGUGAAACUCUUGUUUGAUCUCGUUCCCACGUAUGCCGGUUCGACCAAUCAAAUAGUGGGACGAGGGGUAGCCCUACUUUCUAGUAUCAGGCCCAAUGUCGGUUCCAAUCGUAUCAGUUUGCAAGGCGAUUUAACUGUCCCUAUCAUCGCUGCCAACACACUCGAUAUUAUUGGAUCGUUGACCUUCAACUUUCUUAUAAUUACUCCAUUUAGCCAUCCGAAGAUGGCUAUCGACAACCACACUUAUUGGAAAACCGUCACCGCCCCCAUGGUGAUAGGACACCGAGGUCUGGGGAAGAACUUUGCAAGUCGUAAUUCUCUUCAGUUGGGAGAAAAUACCAUUCAGUCGUUCAUUGCUGCGGCUAGCUUGGGUGCGUCAUAUGUUGAGUUCGGUAAGAAAGACCACGUUCCUGUAAUUUAUCAUGAUUUCCUCGUUAGUGAGACUGGAAUUGAUGCCCCAGUCCAUACCCUGACUUUGGAACAAUUCCUUCACCUGAGCAAUGCUACGUCGAAGCAGUCAGAUAUUCCGUUUCGUGGGACUGUAAACGGUGCCGCUCGCCAACGUUCAAUGUCAGUCGGAGGCGUCGAGUCCGAUGCUUCCGAGCUCAGCGAGAAGAUGAAACAUACUCGUGAUUUCAAGACGAAGGGUUAUAAGGGAAAUACCCGUGGUAAUCACAUCCAAGCUCCAUUCGCUACCCUGGAAGACCUUUUCAAGAAAAUCCCCGAGUCGGUCAGCUUCAACAUCGAAAUGAAGUACCCUUCGCUUUACGAGAGUGAGGAGGAGGAGAUGGAUACCUAUGCCGUGGAGCUCAACUCCUUCGUUGACACAGUUCUCAACCAAGUAUAUGAGCUUGGUGGAGAGCGAAACAUGAUUUUUUCCAGCUUCAACCCAGACAUCUGUCUGCUCUUAUCUUUCAAGCAGCCGUCCAUUCCCGUGCUCUUCUUGACCGAUGCUGGCUGCAGUCCUAUCGCUGAUAUUCGGUCGAGCAGCCUCCAAGAAGCCAUUCGUUUCGCAUCUCGCUGGAACCUUUUGGGAGUUGUCUCAGCUGCGGAGCCAUUCGUACUUUGCCCUCGUCUCGUACGUGUGGUGAAGGAAUCUGGACUUGUGUGCGUGUCGUACGGGGUGUUGAAUAACGAUCCCGAAAACGCCAGACUCCAAGUGGCCAAGGGUAUGGAUGCCGUAAUUGUCGACUCGGUUCUCGCAGUUCGCAAAGGUCUCACUGAAGGUCCUACCCCAAGCCCUUCACCAUUAGCUGCGGCCCAGGAUCCCUCCAAGACAUCGCAGUCCGCUGAUCACCUCAGUGUCCUGAACUAA